AUGCGCAAUCAGAAGCUCCAGGAUGACUCUCCAUUCUUGGCGUAUCUAUCCGCUUGUUCCACUGGUGCAAGUCGCUUGCAUGAUCUUGCUGACGAGAGUGUUCAUUUAGCCAGCGCGUUCCAACUUGCAGGCUUCCGACACGCUAUCGGGACGCUCUGGAAAAUUCCAGAUGGAUUCAGUGUUUUGGUGGCGGAGUCUUUCUAUGAGGCACUUGGGGAACAGGGAUUCACCGAAACAGCUGUCUGCCGCUCACUUCAUAGAGCUACAAGAAAUUUACGCGACAUAGAGGUUGCUCGAUGGAGAAAACACAUGCCGACUGUCUCUCCUACACAGCUCGAGGUAUUACAGAGAAUGGAUCGGGAGCAUGGAUCUGGUAGUAAAUCUUCUAUUACAGCUGAAGGCCAGGUGUUCCUUUGUGAGAAUGAAGAUGGCGAAAAUGACUCGUUCGGAUUGGAGGGGACCGAGAUCCCGUCCGGAAACUCGUCAGACAGCGCCCCCUUUCUGGCAAUCGGUUCCAUACCUUCAUCACGGCCCGCAAGGGGCUGA